GGAAUCUGGAGUUAACUGGUGAUGGCUCCCACGUCCAAUACUCUGUAGCUCUCCUACCUUCAUAGCUUUUAAUCCAGUGUCUACAGAAUCUGGUAUCCUUAGAAGGUAAUUUCUCGGGACCAAAGAUGGCACACUUCUGCCCUUUAGACUUUGCAUUCUUGUUUAUUUGCUACAAAGCAAUGUGUCUAGCAGGUAGUGGAGGUCAGGGGUGAAAUGUCUGCACAAGGGCCUCUACAGAAGGACUGGAUCAUGCAAAGCAUGAGGUAAAAAAACUUUCGCAAGGAGAGUUUCAGGAGUUAACUAGAGGCUGAAAGGAUAAAGGGAACAGAGACUUGGGUCUCCUAGAUUAACAGGUACUUUUAUUGGUUGAGUAUGUCUAGUCUUAAGGCUGUGUCAAAUCAUGCUUUUGAAGAGCAAGACAUAAGGAAGCUGUAUUUUACUGCAUUGAAUUAAUGCACAGGUUGACUGUUUCUCCUCUUAUUAUUGAUUUGCAGUAUCUUUCAGACAGAUGCAAGAAAAAAGGCGGUCCUUCCCUCUCUGUAGUUCAUACUCACUUCAGACGUUUCUCUUGGGUUUAUCUUGUAAGUACUCACACAACAUCAUCAAUGCUGAGAACAAAAAAGUUCUAAAGACUUAUGAGUUGUCUGGCCUCGAUGAGAAUGAGCUGAGAGUCCUGCUUCUCCAGAAUGACCCUUUCCUCCUCCCUGAUGUCUGUCAUUUUUACAACAGAAAGGAUAGUACCUGCAACCAGCAAAACAACUGCAACAAGCUUCAUAUUUGUCGAUACUUUCUCCAAGGGGAAUGUAGAUUUUUGUCAUGUAAGAGGUCCCAUCACCUCUUGGAUACCCGUACAUUGACAUUGUUGGAAACUGGAGGCAUUGAUAUGAACAUAGCUUCAAACAUCCAGACUAUAUGCAAUCACAGGCAUGUGGAAUUCAACAAGGAACUGAAGAAGGGGAAAAUACACAACUACAAACCAAGAGAAAAUUUGUUGAAAAAAAUGGCAGUUACCAGGAGUGAAGAACUGAGGAUACCUCCGCAAACAGUGGACUCUACACUGAAUGUGCCACCUUCAGAAGGUAAAUAUCUAGGUCCCAGUAGUGAUGUACUUGCUCAGAGCCAAGACCAGUUGCCAACAGGAGCUGGAGGUAAAGACGAAGGUAAAAAAGAUGAUUCCUCUGCUAAAGCUUCAAAUGACGACAAAGAAGAGAAGUGUGAUGAGAUAUGCGUGUUCUAUGUCUCAAAUUCCUGCAAACAUAAAGAUAAAUGCAGAUUUGUUCAUUACAGUUUGCCAUAUCGAUGGCAGAUAUAUAAUGGGAUCACCUGGAAUGACCUUGCCAUGAUGGAAGAAAUUGAAAAGGCAUAUUGUGACCCAGCAACCAGCAGUCUAGCCAGUGAGAACAUUAAUUUCCAGACAAUGACCUGCCGUUCUUCUUCGCUUCGACGCCUCUCUACACCAUCUUCAGUCACAAAACCCUUAUUUGUAUUGACCACGCAGUGGAUUUGGUAUUGGAAGAAUGACCAAGGCCAGUGGAUUGAAUACGGAGAACAGGGACAAGGGUGUAGUGUGAACUCACCAUCUUCUGAUAUUAUUGAGAAUUUGUAUCUAGCAGAUCCAGAUGCCACCAUACCUUUCCAGGCUGGCUUGUAUCACUACGAUCUCAAUUUUAAAGAAAUGACCCAGACAAACACCUCUCUUAAAACUCGAAGACGGGUCUGCAGGCGACCAAAGUUUGUGUCUUCUGAAGACGUGCAGAAGAUAAAGACAGGCCAGAGGGAUUCUUCUAUUCCAAAUCAAGCCUGUCCUAGCCACUGGGAUCCAUCUGCACUACCUGACUUGGGAUACAAGGCAGUGGAGAUCAGUAAUACAACCCCUGAAUACAACAAAAUAAAGCUGAUGUUUCUUCAGACUAUGAAAAACUACAGUGUCCUUAAAAUACAGAGGAUUCAGAGUCCAUCCCUCUGGAAAGUGUUUCAGUGGCAAAAGGAGCACAUGAAAAAGGAAAACGGAGGGAAGGAAGUAAAUGAAAAGCUCCUGUUCUAUGGAACCAAGAUCUCCCUCAUGGAAGCCAUCUGCCUUCACAACUUUGACUGGAGAAUUUGUGGAAACAACGGAACUAAUUAUGGAAAGGGAAGUUACUUUGCUAGAGACGCCUCCUAUUCCCAUGAAUACUGUCAGCAUGUGGUGAAAACAAACAUCAUGUUCGUUGCUCGUGUAUUGGUUGGAGAGUAUGUUAAAGGCAAUGCAGCCUACGUUCGCCCCCCAGUCAAGUCUGGUGACGGGCUUCGGUUUUAUGACAGCUGUGUGGACGAUGAGUUAAAUCCCUCCGUUUUUGUUGUCUUUGAAAAACACCAGAUUUACCCAGAGUAUAUAAUAGAGUAUAAGGCGGAAGGAAAAACCUGUGUUGUAUCUUAGAAGAAUCAGAGCUCUUUAUAUCACUCAUCUUAUCUUCCAUAUUGCAGAGUCCUCAUACUUGGUGACUUCUAAUACAGUCCCUUGGAAUGUUAAUCCAAAGAAUUUCUGUAUCGAGGAGGGCUGGCAAAACAGAUGUUAGGUUUGUUGAGACUAAUUGCCUUGUCUUCUCCUCUUCUCUUCUUGAAUGAAGCACAGACAUCUGGAUAACCAUAGCAGAAAAAACAGAAUCAUGGGAUAGGAAAUAGAGUGUUAUGACUUCUGUGGGCAAAUAAUUGUAAAUGAUUUUUCUUAGAGUAGAGAGGAUUUCUGUUUGCAAACAAUUCAGUUAAGAGGAAAAUCAACAGCGCAGUAGUUCUUAAGCAAACUCUCAGGUUUUUAGUAGUCAAAGAUUCUUUUCAGCACAGAAUACGGCUGUUCUUGAUCCUCUUGUCUAUCACAAUUCUAAACAAGUCAGUGUACGUAAGAAUGACUUGACUUAGUUUUCAAAGUGCUGCUUGUUAAUCCUGAUAGUAGUUUCAAGUUUGAAAUGGUAAAACAAGAAACCAAAAAGCUUAUUUUAAAUCCAUGUUGUAAGUACUCAAGUGGAGAAGUUUCAGCUAUACGAUGGCAGCUACUGUUUGGAUCAGAAAAUUGUUGGAUCAAAUUCUUUUUGCAAAUCUGCAGUAGCUUGCUUUGUGACCUAUACAAAAAUAGAGCUCAAGUGAAACUGUGAAAGUCACAACCUAUGAAUAAGCCGGUACUAACAUUUGGUGGUUUGGCUGGAACUAGUGGCCAUAAGUAUAUACGGGCUGUGUCACAAUGAGUCGGGCUUUCAAGUGAAUGUGGCCGUGUAUUUUCUCAAUACGAACAUUUGCUUAGCAAAUGCUAUAGGACAGGAAAAAACAUCUUAAGAAGCAUUGCUAUUUUCUGUCCUAUUUCUAUAUGUUAAUUCUCAGUUUUCCAGAGAUGUGACAUGACUGGAAGAGAACAAUUACGUUCUCUGGAGGCCAGUGGUAGAACUGCUGUCCUAAGACGCUUCGUGUACAUGUUUGUUUUAUUGCCCACAUUGCAUUGGGCAGCUCGCUGAGAACUCACUGACAAAUGUAGCUCCUCUCCGUGUUCUCAGGUCGCUGUGGGUGAUCCUGGAUACUGCUUCCCUGCAUCUCUUUUUUUGAUACACUUUGCUUUGUCUUUGCCAGUGACGUACAACCGUACUAAGGGUGGUUAAGCCCUUUUUUUAUUGUUACAUGCUUUUAUUGUCCCAAAAAGAAAAUUUAGAAACGUGUAUAGAGUUUCUACUGAAUCUUAAUAUGGAGUUUGUAAGUUAAUCGAACUGAAGACCCUCUGUACAAAGACGUGUUAUUUAGGCAGUCUAGCUGCUAAGAGGGAAACUUGCUGAGGACAGAGGAGCAGUAGCAGUAAUUUCUUCUUUUGGAUAAGCUUUACAGUCAGCCAAAUAGCCUCCCAGUUAUUUGCAUCUUUGAUAGAAAUCUGUCAACCACAUGUACUACUCAAAGUUUGCAAGUUACCAAGAGGAUGGGGAAAUAGAUAAAACUAGAAAAUCUUAUUAAAGUUACUGUCUUAGAACUAAAUGAAAACAUGUGUCAUCAAUGCAUUAAAAGAGGAAGAUUUUACCACUUUUUAAGAUCGCUCUCACUUUUGUUUGCCUGUCGAGUUCCUGAAUCAUUGAGUUUUGCCAUAUUUGCAAAUAAAACGUGUUUUCGCUCA